AUGACUGAUGUAUGCAGUGCAGUAGCUGGCUCAACGCCAAGUCUAAACUGGAACGCGGGAGACCUGCCGAAAGCAUGGCAGACAUUCAAAACACACGUUGAAUUCAUGUUCAAUGGUCCGCUCAAGAAAAAGAAUGAAGAAGAAAAAUGCAGUUUCUUGAUGAUAUGGGUUGGUGAUAAAGCUUUAAAAGUUGGUGUAAAGGACUGCGGAUACCAGAAUGCAGACGAGAUGGUGAGAGAUAGGCUAGUAUUCGGAGUAAGGUCGGACAAAAUCCGUGAAAAACUGAUAAAUGAGGGCUCAAAUCUCACGUUAGAGAAGGCAAUAGACAUUGCACGUACUUACGAGUUAUCACAAGCCCAACUUAAAACAAUGCAUGAGCAGGAUCCGAAGAUUGACAUAAUAAACAGACAGAAAAUAAAUCACUAUGCCAGUCAAGCCAAAACAAAACCCACACAAGGACCACGGAAACACUAUAAGCAUCAGAAAUCGUUCACAAGUUGCACAAGAUGUGGUAAAUCUGAGCACGAAAGAGGAGAAACUUGUCCAGCUAUUGGUAGACUCUGCAAAAAAUGUAACAAGCGUGACCACUAUGAGUGUGUGUGUAGAUCGAGAGUAUCGUAUACAUCAAAGCACAAAUUCAAGAAUAAAAGCAACAAAUCUGUACACACCCUUCAGGAGGAGUCAGAUGAUUCAGAUGACACUUUAUUUCUGGGAAUGCUUACCAAAGAUGUUAACAGUACGAACGCAGACUGGUCAACAAAACUACAACUUUGUGGGACAAUGGUUGAAUUUCAAUUAGACACAGGAGCAAAAUGUAAUGUGUUGAACAGAAAAACUUUCAAACAGUUAAAACUUAGUGAAGAACUCAAGAAACCAGCAUUUCGUUUGAAGUCGUACUCAGGACAUGUGAUAGAACCAAGUGGUGCUGCGCAACUUGAGCUGACUCACAAAGGAUGCAAAUACACGACUGAUUUCUACAUCAUUGACUUGGACGCACCCAACGUCAUUGGAGCCCAAACGUGUAAAUCGUUGAAUCUUGUCCAUCGCGUGAAUGUCAUAGAUGAGGACACCCCAGUUUUAAAGACUUUAUCUGAUAUUUUCCCAUGA